UAUUUGCAGAACAGCGAGGACUCGUGGGACUGGUUAUCAAACCACACAGACAUUCAGGGAGCACAGGCCCGAACCAAACGGAGGCCCAUCGUCAAGACUGGGAAGUUCAAAAAGAUGUUCGGGUGGGGGGAUUUCCACUCCAACAUCAAGACUUUGAAACUCAACCUGCUGAUCACGGGGAAGAUCGUGGACCACGGGAACGGAACCUUCAGCGUGUAUUUCCGCCACAACUCCACGGGCCUGGGCAACGUGUCGGUCAGUCUGGUGCCGCCCUCCAAGGUCGUGGAGUUUGAGAUGGCGCAACAGUCCGCGCUGCCGGAGACCAAAGACACCAAAUCGUUCAACUGCCGCAUCGAGUACGAGAAAACGGACCGCAACAAGAAGACGGGCGUUUGCACCUUUGAACCGACCAAGACGUGCUACCACGAGCUGACGCAGAGCCACGUGUCCUGGCUCUGCUCCAAACCUUUCAAAGUCAUUUGCAUCUACAUCGCCUUCUACAGCAUAGACUAUAAACUGGUGCAGAAGGUUUGCCCCGACUACAACUACCACAGCGACACACCCUACUCCUCCACUGGAUGACCCUGAGGUCGUCGGGUUAGGCACAGGUCGUGCCCACGUCAACCCCCGUGUUUCCCUCGUCCUCAAAAAAAAAAAAAAGUCCUGCAACAUCUUCAAAACUGACAAGUGGCACAAGAAGGAGAAGGGGCUGAAAAUGACCUGAAGUCAGAUGUUCAGUUUAAAAACAUUUCCAGUUUUAUCGUCUCCGUCAGAGUCGACUUUUAUUUGAUCAACUUUUCAACACCUAAAAAAACGGAACCAAACUCGAAUGGAAACCUGUUGAAAAUACUGAAGCCAGGAAUCAGGUUUUGGUUUUAAAAGUCUGAAUAUUAGGAUAUUAGAGGCUAAAAAUAAAUAAAUAACCCCCCCCCCCCCCCCCUGACACCCCCCCCCAAUCAUCUACAAACUGCCCUUACAGCUAUUGGACUAAUGAGAAUUCAAGUUAUAAAAUAAACUAAAAAUCCAGUUUCACUCUUCCAUGAAAAGCAUGUUGUUAAAGUACAUUCAACUUUUUUCCUGUGUUCUCCCGUGAUGGGCUCUAGCGCCCCCUAGGGGAGUUGCACAUUCAAUUUUUAAACCACCUUUCUUCUUCAAUGAGAUUUUUCCACAAAACUAAAAAAAAAACAACCAACAUGAGUUAAAGACGUGGGUCGUGACCUGGAGGUGGCCCCAGAGAGCAGACUUUCUCUUAGAACUUCUGGACCUGCUCACCUGUCACUCACAGUUCAGUCAUUGAACCCUGAGUCAGUCCCACUGACAGCACCAUGAUCUCUCUGACCAACACUUCAGUCCAGAGGGGUCGUCAACAGAGAGUCUCCUCGUCUCCAUCCAACAGUUAGAGUAUUACAGUACUCCUGAUCAAGGUACAAUACUCCAGACAUUUGAGUCUGUUCUGUUGAAAAGACGUGGAACAUGUCGUCACCACGAUCUUCUCUCCACGCUGUGACUCAGCAGAAGUCUGAGUGAAAUUCAACAGAUUUUAGCCAUAAAAAAUAAUGAUAUCUUUCAGUUAAGUCUAAGCCCAAAGUCUGUGAUCAUAAGAAGGGCAGCCCAACUCCAGGGGGCACUGAUGAGUCAAACACACAGAGUCAACUCGUUAGAGAAUUAACAGAGCGUUAAAACAAUAAACAAGUGAAACCACAGAACUGGACAAACGUGUGAAGAGACUCUGAAAAAUCAGACGACUUUUUUAACGUACGUCUGUCUUAGAACUUUCUGACCGUACUGUACGUCUGUCUUAGAACUUUCUGACCGUACUGUACGUCUAAUGGACGACUUCAUCGGGUUCACACCACAAACCGUACCAGACGUGCGUUUAUUGGAAAAACAGUCCGAACUCUAACGUCUCUGUUUUCACCCCCACGUCUGAGG